AUGGUACGCUGUCCAAAACUCUUUAAAUGGCUUACUAAGGCGAGUGAUGUGGCUAUUGGCCGUCGUAAGCGGCAGGGCGAAAAUGAUUUUGGAACGCUGGGUCGUAAUUACAAAAUGGAAGAGCCUAUAAUAAUAAAUAAAGAGGUAACGACUGUUAGUACCGGGGAAGAUGAUGGUUUGGAGCUGAAAGAGUUUCAUCGAAUGAACAAGAAGAAAUAUCGUAGUCUUCCUGUUCCAGCAUUAAGAAAAUCCCAAGUAAUGGAUGAAAAUCAAAAAAUAUUUGUUGUAGAUAAACGUCGAUUUGCUAUGGUCGAUCCUUUCAUUCCUUCUCAUAAUAGAAGUCAUACUAUAGAUUCUACACGAACUUUGACUUCUUUUUUUGGUUUUGAUGAUCAGUCACAAACUCAAUCCGAUAAAUCUAUCAAUAAUAAAGAUUUCGCUAUGAUUGACAAUAAUUCAAAAGUUAAAUUAGAUUUUAUAGAUGAAUCUAAUGAAGAAUCUCCGGCAACUAUUUUAGUAGCAAAGAAGGAGAUUCUUACGAGACAUGGUCAAUUUAGUGUUCAUUCAGCUCGUCUAAUUAGAGGUGGAUCUAUACAAGGUUAUAGUCAUGUUAUUAGAAAAGAUGAUAAAUCUGAUCUUGGAAAAAAUGCUACUCAUUUCAGCGUUACGCAGGUCAACCUUCAAACCAAAAAUGUAUUAAGAUUUUCAUCUUUAAUAACCGAAUCUAAUACAAUGGAUUAUUUUAAUGAAAUUAAACCAAUGAUUUUUUAUUUAAAUUAUUUGGAUCAAAUUUCAAUAAUUGACCCAAAGGAUUCCAUAAACAUAAAAGAUGUCACAAGACUAGAUCCAGGACCAGGAACUUGUCAAUGUGGAAAAAAGAUAGCAUGUGUUGGUUAUUCAGCUUAUUGGUGUAAAACUUGUGAAUCACGAAGAUUUGAAAAGAAAAACCAUAUAGAAAUAGUGAAUCAACAACAAUUAAACCAAAAAGAAAAGAAUCAACAAGAUAUAAUAAAUAUUAAUAAAUAUUAUAAAUCAGAUAAUUUACAAAUAAUGUCUUUCACAAGAACACAUAAUCCGAAAGAACAUUUCUCCGUAUGCGAGUAUAUUGCUGCGGAAACAGCUUUAUAUAGCCUAAAAUUUGCGACUAUUCGAGCAGAUAAUACGGAAGUUGCAGCAGAAGUUUAUGAUAUAUUACAAUACUGGUAA